AUGUGUAAGAAAGUAGAUAUUAUUGAGAGAGGAGAAGCAGGAUGUGUGGAUGCAGUUGUGCAUGGAUGCAGCUGCAUGCAUGUUGUUUUUGAAAGGAUAUGUGAAUCGAAGAGGAUUGAAGAUAUGCGAUUUGAAUGUAUGAGAGGGAUGCAUGAAAGAUCAGUUAAGGUUUUUGAGGCAGGAAGGAGGAUAGAGUUUGGAUAUGAGUUUUUAGUUGAGUAUGUUUUGAUGUGUGCAGGGAUUAUUGAGUAUGAAUGCAAGGUUGAUGUUUUUGAGGAAAUUGAUGGAGCGUGCCUGCUGAAAGGAGUUUUAUAUGCGAUAGAUGAUGAGUACAAGUUAGGAGUGAAUGUGCAGCUGAAUGGAAAUGAUGUGAAGGUUGAGGUUGGGGAGAAGGUUGUAUAUGAGAUGAAGGAGUGA